UCUCCCUCCCUCUGUCUAUUUACUGGCUGUCACAGCAGCGGCUCCAGUUCGGGCACUAGCAGUUAUCUACUCUCUACUGCGCUUCACCUUUCUCUGUACCGUCUUCAUCCCGCAGACAUGGACAUGGAGGUGCAGAUAUGCACGGCGCUCUUGCUUCCCAUCCUUCCGGAGUUUGCGCUCUAGCUGCGCUCUAGCUGUGCGCUCCCGGCCCGAGGCACGUCCCGCUUCUGACCAUAAGGAGACUGUUAUUAUUUUGUCGGUCACUGAGACAAGACUGUGCAGGAGAGAGGGGACAGCAGAGACUGAGCAGCAGAGAGGACCACACAGUCGUGACAGCAAAGGCCGUUUCAGGAUAACUGAGAGCGGCUUUUUGUGUCCUCCAUAAUGGCGAGUGACUCUCCAGCUCGGAGUCUGGACGAAAUUGACCUGUCCGCUUUGAGGGAUCCUGCUGGCAUCUUUGAGCUGGUUGAGCUGGUGGGAAAUGGCACCUAUGGGCAGGUGUACAAGGGUCGCCAUGUUAAGACAGGGCAGCUGGCAGCCAUCAAGGUCAUGGAUGUCACCGGGGAUGAGGAAGAGGAGAUUAAAGCCGAAAUUAACAUGCUGAAGAAGUACAGUCACCACCGGAACAUCGCCACCUACUAUGGAGCUUUCAUCAAGAAAAACCCUCCUGGCAACGAUGACCAGCUAUGGCUGGUCAUGGAGUUCUGUGGAGCUGGCUCAGUGACAGACCUGAUCAAGAACACCAAGGGCAACUCUCUGAAAGAGGAGUGGACUGCUUACAUCUGCCGAGAGAUUCUCAGGGGUCUGACUCAUCUCCAUCAGCACAAGGUCAUCCACAGGGACAUCAAGGGACAGAAUGUCCUGCUGACUGAGAACGCAGAGGUCAAACUAGUGGACUUUGGUGUUUCAGCCCAGUUGGACAGAACAGUAGGAAGGAGGAACACGUUUAUCGGGACGCCAUAUUGGAUGGCACCAGAGGUUAUCGCUUGUGACGAGAACCCUGACGCCACGUACGACUUCAAGAGUGAUUUAUGGUCACUAGGAAUCACAGCAAUAGAGAUGGCUGAAGGAGCACCACCGCUGUGUGACAUGCACCCAAUGAGAGCCCUCUUCCUCAUCCCACGCAACCCCGCCCCCAGACUCAAGUCAAAGAAGUGGUCAAAGAAGUUCCAGUCGUUCAUAGAGAGCUGUCUGGUAAAGAGCCACGGCCAGAGACCCAGCACAGAGCAGCUCCUCAAACACCCGUUCAUCAGAGACCUGCCCAAUGAGAGGCAGAUCCGCAUCCAGCUGAAGGACCACAUCGACCGCACCAAGAAGAAGAGAGGAGAGAGGGAUGAGACAGAGUAUGAGUACAGUGGUAGUGAAGAGGAGGAUGAAGAAAGAGACAUGGGCGAACCAAGCUCCAUCAUCAACAUCCCUGGAGAGUCGACCCUGAGGCGGGACUUCCUGCGCCUCCAGGUGGCCAAUAAGGAGCGUUCGGAUGCGCAGCGGCGGCAGCAGCUGGAGCAACAGCAGAAUGAGGAGCACAAGCGCUUAUUGUUGGCUGAGAGACAGAAACGUAUCGAGGAGCAGAAGGAGCAGAGGAGGCGGCUGGAGGAGCAGCAGCAGCGAGAGCGUGAGCUGAGGAAACAGCAUGAGAGGGAACAGAGGAGGCGCUACGAGGAAAUGGAGCAGCUCCGUAGAGAAGAGGAGAGGAGGCAUGCAGAGAGAGAACAGGAGUAUAUCCGUAGACAGCUGGAAGAGGAACAGAGGCAGUUAGAGAUUCUCCAGCAGCAGCUACUACAGGAACAGGCAUUACUGCUGGUAACCAGAGCCCUCCCACGUGUUACCACUGCUCCCCAUCUGUGCUGUGUGGCCCCCUAUCCCCAUUGCAUGCACCCGAGUGGCAGUUGUACAGAGGAACUGACUACCACUGAUUGCAUGUACAGUACCAUAAAGUUGGCUGGAUCUCAAAGGAUUCCCCAGAGGGUGCAGAAAAACUGUUUUGUCAGUCCCAAUCAUGCUGGCCCACACAAGGAGUACAAACGUAAGCAGGUAGAGGAACAGCGGCAGGCGGAGCGGCUACAGAGGCAGCUCCAGCAGGAGAGAGCCUACCUGGUGUCUCUACAACAGCAGCAGCAACAACAACAGCAGCAGCAGCAGCAGCAGGAGGGACGGCAAGCAGAGAAGAAGCUUUACCACUACAAAGAUAUCAUCAAUCCUAAUGACAAGCCUGCCUGGGCUAAAGAGGUCUCAAAGCAGCAACAUGUUAAGGGCAAUCCACCCCGCUCCCACCUACGACAUCACCAGUCAUUCAACCAACCGGCUUCAUCCUCUGGCUCUCAUGGGCGACACAGAGCUCAGGCCCCUAGGCGAACCCCGUCCCAUGCUGCCCAGCUCCUCUCCACCCACCUCCCCCGUAUCCAUAUUUCACUAGACCCCGAAGAACCCCUAGAUCCAGGGCUGAAGCAGGAGAUAAGCCAGCAGGUCAGAGAGUUUAGGGCUCAGAAACGCAAAGGUCAGAGGGGCCGCAGCCCAGGGCCCAUUAAGGAACACAACCAGACUGCUGGCCAAGGGCCCAGUAAGGGACCUAAUAAGAGUCAUAAAGAGCAUUCUAGUCAAGGGCCAGUCAGCCAGUCCAAUCCAGUACCCAACCCUUAUCUUCUGGAGCCCAGUAAUCAGAAAGAGAAGCCUAGAGACAGGCCUCUCUCUGCCCCCAGUCAGGCAGCCAUCCAGGGGCUAAUGUCUCUGGACCCACAUCUUAAGGCCCUUCAACCUCAUCCUCAGUCCCCAGGAUAUGUCCAGAAACCCCAGUCUGGAUCUAACUCUAACUCUGUUUCCAACCCUGCACUGAAACUGGUGGAGGAGCGAUCUAAGCUGAACAGACAGAGCUCCCCAGCGCUGCAGCACAAAGUGUCCAACCGCAUCUCCGACCCCUCCCUCCCUCCCCGUUCCGAGUCCUUCAGCAGCGGUGGCAUGCAGCCUGCCCGCACCCCACCCAUCCACCGCUCCAUCGAACCACAGAUUGCUCACCUGGUUCCAGUGAAGAUACACUCUAGCUCCAUGUCCGGCUCACAGUCUCUGCAGGACCAGACUGGCUCAGCUCUGAGUGAAGGCAUCAGCGUGGGCUCCCCCAGGCCCGAGAUGCCCCGCCAGAACUCAGACCCCACUUCUGACACCCCUGGACCCCCUCUGCGCGUCACAGGCAGGGAGGAACGGGAACGGGAAAGAGACAGGGAUCGUGACAGAACCGCCUGGCUGAGAGAGGAGGACAUCCCACCCAAGGUCCCCCAGAGGACCACUUCCAUCUCCCCAGCCUUGGUCAGGAAGAACUCCCCUAAUGGAGGAGUAGGUCUGGGCCCACGCACAGGUUCUCAGCUCAUUCGGGCCAGUAACCCAGACCUGCGGCGCUCAGAGCUCUCUCUGGACGCCAUGCUGCAAAGAACUUCCUCCAACUCAUCAUCCUCCUCCUCCCCUUCAUCUCAGGGAGGCUCAGCUGAGAGGAGAGGUCAGACCAAGCAGGAAGGAUCCCCUCCAGGAGCCAAUCAGGAGGCAAAGCCCAAACAGGAAGAGGGCCGUGAAUCAGCUAGACCCAGCAGACCAGCAAGCUAUAAGAAAGCCAUAGAUGAGGAGGAGCUGGACCUAAGUGCACUGGCUAAAGAGCUCAGAGAAUUGAGGGUAGAGGAGGGCAGCAGACCUCCAGUCAAGGUGACAGAUUACUCAUCCUCUAGUGAAGAUUCAGAUAGCAGCGAUGAGGACGGGGAGACGGUGGGGCAUGAUGGAACUGUUGCUGUUAGCGACAUCCCCCGCAUCAUGCCAGCAGUGCAGAGCAGCACUGAGUCGUAUGGAGGGCUGACAGAGGACUCUCUGGGAGAUGCCUAUAAUAGCUCCAAGGACGGCACUCUAGUGAUGAGAGAGGCAGAGGAGCAGAGGAGAGGUGGUCACACUGAGAGUAAUGGGUUUGGAAAUCACAGUAACCAUGGUAACCUCCCUGACCUGGUGCAGCAGAGCAACUCUCCCUCAGCCACACCCACCACAGCCCUGCAGGAACUGGGCGACAUGGCCGAGUUUGGUGUGGGCGGGUCCAAAGCGUCCUUCACCCCAUUUGUUGAUCCACGUGUCUAUCAAACCUCCCCAAGUGAAGACGACGAUGAGAACUCAGCGGCAGCCAUGUUUGCAAAUGAGCUGCUGAGGCAGGAGCAGGCCAGACUAAACGAAGCCAGAAAGAUCUCUGUGGUCAACGUCAACCCUACCAACAUCAGACCCCACAGUGACACACCAGAGAUCCGCAAAUACAAGAAACGCUUCAACUCUGAGAUCCUUUGUGCUGCGCUCUGGGGUGUGAACCUGCUCGUGGGGACAGAGAAUGGUCUUAUGCUGCUCGACCGAAGUGGACAAGGAAAAGUCUAUAACCUGAUUACCAGACGGCGCUUCCUACAGAUGGAUGUGCUGGAGGGGCUCAAUGUGCUAGUCACCAUAUCUGGGAAAAAGAAUAAGUUGCGUGUCUACUACUUGUCUUGGCUGAGGAACAGAAUAUUACACAAUGACCCGGAAGUAGAGAAGAAGCAGGGUUGGAUUACAGUUGGGGAGCUGGAGGGCUGUGUGCAUUACAAAGUUGUUAAAUACGAGAGGAUUAAGUUCCUGGUGAUUGCGCUGAAGAACUCUGUGGAAAUCUAUGCCUGGGCUCCCAAACCCUACCACAAGUUCAUGGCCUUUAAGUCAUUCACUGAGUUGCAGCACCGCCCCCAGCUGGUUGACCUGACGGUGGAGGAAGGUCAGAGGUUAAAGGUCAUCUAUGGCUCCAGCGUGGGCUUCCAUGUCAUCGACGUAGACUCUGGCAACCCUUACGACAUCUACAUCCCCUCACAUUGUGCCAAACAGAUGAAGAUCCAGAGCCAGGUGACGCCCCAUGCCAUCGUAGUCCUCCCUAAGACUGAUGGAAUGGAGAUGCUCUUGUGUUACGAGGACGAGGGCGUCUACGUCAACACCUACGGUCGAAUCACCAAGGACGUGGUGCUACAGUGGGGAGAGAUGCCUACCUCUGUUGCCUACAUCCAUUCUAAUCAGAUUAUGGGCUGGGGUGAGAAAGCCAUAGAGAUCCGCUCUGUGGAGACAGGUCAUCUGGAUGGAGUCUUUAUGCACAAGAGAGCCCAGCGACUCAAAUUCCUUUGUGAGCGUAACGACAAGGUAUUCUUCGCAUCGGUGCGUUCGGGAGGUAGCAGCCAAGUUUUUUUCAUGACCCUCAACAGAAACUCUAUGAUGAACUGGUGAUGGCUCCUCCCACUGUCCACUCUCCCAUUGCCCAGCCUGCCGGCCCACCUUGGCCCACGGCAGAUCUCACAAAAUGAACCUGAUUGACCAAGAGGCCACAAGUGAACUCUUAACACUGGAGAGACUAAAAUGGUGUAGAAAAAAACAAGUUAUCAUAGAGAAUAACAACAAAGACCUGUUCUUAAUGAAGAGACAUGUUACCCUAGAUUAUGUCGGGUCAUGCGGAAGCCAUCGUUACUCAACUGACUGGCAAACUGGUGCCACUGACUUUCCAAAUAUUCUCUUCUUCCCACUUUCUCUGUCUCUGUGUGUAACUAUUCCCUUUUUGUCUGUCUCUUCUCUCCAAAAGGACCAGUGCAUUCAAGUCUUCAACAACUGUAGAAAUACACAUUACACCUGCCUCCUUCUGUCCCUCUUCUUCUUCCUUUUGUCUUCCCUUCUUAAUCCUCUGCUCCUUCCUGGUAGAUCUAGUCAUUACUAUUUCAAUCCUUGGACACCCUCCAUUUUCCUCACUUCCUGUCUGCUAUGUGUGGGCUCAUUCCUAAACUUCAAAGGUGGGGAAAAAACAGGUGAAGGAGAUUUAAUAUAAAUUUAAAUAUAUACUUCUGAAUAUGACAGGGAGGGAAGCUGAGGGAUGAUAAAUCUACUCUGGAAGUUGGCGGUGAAAGCAGACAAUCUGAUUGAUUUUCUUUCUCCUCUGUCACUCCCCUCCUCCUCCUCCACUUCCUCCUCUCACCAUCUUUUCAUGCUCUGAAUAAACUGAAUUGUGAUUUAAUGUUCGAUCGCAUUUUACUGAUAGAGAUGCGGUGAGACACUCGGCUGUCAUAGGUGGGUUGUAACAGUAUGCAAAGAUGAUGUCUGUGUCCCUUUAAAAUGAAAUCACUGGUCUUCCCUCCUUUUUCCUCUUUCCCUUCUCCCGUCACCCACCAUCAUCAUCACACUCAUCUCCCUGUUUUCACUCUUACGUCUUUAAACUCUGAAGGUGCUGCAUCAGAUAUACUGUAAUAUUAAAUGAACAAUGAGAGCGUCAUUCUGUUCAUUCUGUUUAUUUCUGUUCUUUUCUUUUUCUGUGUCUUUGAAGCUUGAUGAAAUGUACAGCACAUCUGUGUCUCUGAAAUCAGGAGUAUAUGUUAGUGGGUGUGUGAGUGCGUGCAUAAGUGUGUGUGUGUGUGCGUGUGUUUGACUUGAUGUUGAAAUGGGUCCCGUUCAAAUCAAGUUAGAAUCAAAGUGGGAUAUCGAAAUCAAUGUCCAGAAAAAGUAAAGUAAUUCAGUCUCUGUGCGUGAACUUUUACCUUAAUGCGAUCAAAACAACACUGAGUGUGUUUACAUGCAGAUUUAUGAUAUUAUCUUCUUAGUAUGGAGUUUAUGAGUUGGUGUAUUUGAACACCAAGCAUUUAAAAAAAGGCAAUAUUAGUGGUUAAUGUUUCCAUUUCCUUUAACACAGUAGUGUUUUGCCUAUUCACGAAUACAGUCAUGUUGCUGUAGGGAAUAUGAAUUCGCAUAUCAGCAACUUAUCCUGAAUACAACCUCAACAGGAUAUGAGCUACUUUCCCAAAUACUGUGUGCAUGUGAAAGCACUCAUUGUUGAAAGCUGUGGUGUCCUUUUGAAUCAUGCUCCUCCCUGAAUGGUUCUUCUGAUUUUGGCUCCUACCUGUUUGUACAGUGCCUAGCAUGAUGUAAGCAAAACUAAAAUGGAGGCCAAAAGAUUCACAUUAUAAUUAAUCAUUUUAUUGCCUAUACGGUUACUUUACACUGUUUGCUUUUGUGUUAUUGUCUAACUUUAACACAUUGGUGAUGGUAUUUGUCUCUUCUAAUAGAGAAACAUGUACAUUAACAAAUUUAAGACUUGAUUUAUUCUUUGAAAGGAGUAAGUGAAUAUGGUAUGAUAAAACCUUGCCGUUUCUUUCUAAAUAUUUAGUACAGCUCAAUUAUUAAUACAGAAUUUAACACUAUUGAGGGUGGACUAGUUCAAGCAUACUCAUCCACAAUGGAGAUCACUGUAAUGCAGAUUAGUGUUUUUCUGGUGGAUCUACUGCAGGUUUGGCAGUAUGUUGGCCAAUGGUUAACAAACACGAGGUGACACAAAAAGACAGACUCAUUCCCCAAUGAUGUACUGAUUAUUUGAAUCAAGGUUUUUUUUCUGUUAAAUUAUUAAAAGUUUUCUAUUAUAUUUUCAAGCACUUUUUUCACAUCCAUACAGUAGCUGUUCAUGUGCAGCUGUAAGUUAGGUUCACUGAUCUCUGUUUGGGGGAGCAGGCUAACAUUUUAGCAAUAAAGAGCCAAACUGAAGAAACCACUGUCUUCCCUGUGUGUGCACGCAUGCAUCUGUCUGUAUGAUUAAUGAGAAAGUGAGAAUGGGACAUUAUUACUAUGUUUGUCCAUCAAGGAAUUCACUCUUUCCCUUGGAAAAUGCUGAUGGUCAUUACACUGAGGACUCUCCUUUCAAAGACAAAACCACUGUAUUCUUUAUUCUGUUUAUUUUUUGUUUUCUUUAUUUUGCUUUACUAAUGUCCUGUUUGGGGAUUUAUUUGUUUUGUAAAAGAGAAGCUGUAAGAGAGAAAUAAAUGAAACUAGAGCAUUA